AUGGAGGAAGAACUCAAUUAUGCUACUGUGGUUUUCAAAAACGGUGGUAGUCCUCAGAAAGUCAAAGCAGCUGGAGGAACAGUAGCAGCAGGAGGAGCAGCAGCUGGAGGAGCAGCAGCGGCACACUCCCGGCACUUUGUCCUGCUGCUGGUGUGUUUGGGGAUUCUCUGCGUCCUGCUCAUCGCGUGCAUCGGCGUCAUCAUCUACAUCUUCGGGGUCAUGAAGGCCCAGGAAGCUGUCGCAGAAAACGUCAUCCACCUCGAAAAGGAAAACGUCAUCCACCUCGAGAAGGAAAAUCACAGGCUGAUGAUGGAGAAAGAAAUCUUAGCGAACGAGAAAGAAAUCUUAGCGAACAAGACCGACUUGCUGACCCGAGACAGAGAUGAUCUCAACAGGACGCUCAGAGUCAUCAUGACGUUCCAAAACUUCCAGGUCAAUACAUUCUGCCCAGACAAAAAGUGUCAGCCAUGCCGGGAGAGUUGGAUCCCGUUCCAGGAUCACUGCUACCUGUUUUAUGAGCAACCCCCUCGUUGGAAGACAUGGACGCAAGCACGAACAAUUUGUCAAAAGUAUGUCUCAGACCUGCUUGUUGUCGAUAGUUUACAAGAGCAGGAAUUCAUCAAUAAGCACACCAAGUACUACUACACCAGUGAUCAUGCAUACUGGAUGGGAUUGCUUAAAAAUGAGGACAACAUGUGGAUCUGGAUUGAUGGACGCAAUGAGACUUUGGGGUUCUGGAUUCAGGAGAGAGUCAAAAACUCUGGUGCAUAUGCGAUGACAUUUCCUGGGCAUAAUGCGACAGCCAGCUGGGGCCCAUCAUGGCAUGGAUUUCAGCUCAAAUUCAUCUGUGAGCAUGAAGCCCUCAUCAGGACUCCAGUCAAAACAGGGACGAAACUUCUGCACAUUCUGCUGCUCCUGGUGACAGCAGCGUUUGGGAUCAUCUGCGUCGUCCUGGUGUCGGUUGCCAUCGUCCUCAGAAAUGAGUCCGUCCGUCUGUCCCUGCUCUCCACUGCACUUUGA